AUGACAGUUCCAAAGAAAAAGAGAUCGAAGAGAAAACCAAGAGCAUCAUUAUUACCAUCAUGGGCUCCUGAGCGUGUACCUGAGCGUGUACCUGAGCACGAACCUGAGCGUGUACCUGAGCACGAACCUGAGCACCUACCUGAGCAUGUACCUGAGCGUGUGCCGGUCGGUGGUAAUCAAAAGAUGUUGCCUGAAGAAAAGUUGAAGGAGAUUUAUGGAUACGAGAGGGAAGAAGACCACAUUGAGGUCUUAUGUGGUUGCACGAACAGUAGACUCGGUGACUUGAGUGGCAAACUAAACAUUUAUUUUGAUGGAACCUUCUUGGUUGCAUGUGAAUGUCCUUCCUGCUACCCAGAAAAAUUGACGAUGUCACCGUAUGAGUUUGAGAAGCAUGCUGAUCGAGAAGGGACAAGGAACUGGAAGAGUCACGUAUGGGUGACGAUCAAUGGGGAAAAAGUGCCGCUAUCGAAAUCUGGGCUGCUGGUGUACUACAAGAAUGCUUCAAACCUAAACAAUAGAUCAAAGCUCGUCCGUGGGAAGCAGCAGUUCCACCGGGACGAGUUCAUUACCUGCACAUUGUGUAGAAAAGACCGUCGCUUCCGCGUCCGCACUGCUGAGGAAUACAGGCGCUUCCAUGAUGCUUUAGCUAAUAAAAAGUGGAGCUGCCCCAACUGGCCUUAUGAAAAGUAA